CUAAAUUAUAUUUUUAAGCUGAAACUUACAAAAUAAUGGUCUUUUUAAUGACCUAAUACGCAUAUGUAGUGUCUAUAAUAUUUUAGUUAAAUUCUAAGCAACGGAUAAAACUAUGAAUGAUACAAGUGCAAAUAAUUUUCCCGGCAGUUUGUGAGAAGUCUUUAAGAUGACUGAUGAUGCAAGUGAUUUAUUGUUCCAAGAGGAAGAACUUCUUUCUAAACACCGCAGAGAGAAAAAAGAGCUUCAAGCACAAAUUCAGCAGCUAAAGAAGUCAACCAACAAAGAUAAGAAGAAAAAGAAAGAGGCACUGGAGGAUAUAGCAAAAUUAGAAAAGGAACUGAAGGACCGACAUGAAGAGGAACUAACCAGGUUUAAACCACCACAGGAGGUGGACACUGUGAGUAAUGGUGUGGACUCGUUAAACCUUUCUGAUGAUGGGUCUGGCGAGUCGCAGCCUGUAAACGAAGAGGAGGAACCUAACCUGCUAGAGCAGGAUCAAGGAAAACGAAUAAGCAAGGCAGAGAAGCGUCGUCAAAAAAAGGCCGAGGCUAUCCGGGAGCGAGAGGCACGGAUUCGAGAGGAGGAAGCCAAUAACAAGUACAGUGCACGGAACAUCGAGGCAGAGAAGCUGAAGCACUUGCUGCGUGAGAGGAAACUGAAAAUGCACGAGAUUAAACCUGAUGGCAAUUGUAUGUACGCUGCUAUUGCUCAUCAGAUGGGAGGCAACGCAACAGUUCCAUGGCUGCGGUCACAAGCUGGUCACUUUAUCCGUACAAAUUAUGAGGCCUUUGCACCUUUCAUAACUGACCCUAAGACUGGAGAAAGCUUGACGCCUCAACAGUUUGCAGAGUACUGCUCUCAAGUUGAACAUACACCAUCAUGGGGUGGCCAGCCUGAGCUUCGUGCCCUGUCUCAAGUGAUGCAGAGAAAGAUUGAAGUAUUGCAGGCGGAAGGUACGCCAGUUAUAUUUGGUGAAGAGUGCACUGACAAAAAGACCAUCCUGCUGGCAUAUUAUCGUCACUCUUAUGGUCUUGGAGAGCACUACAACUCAGUCACUGAUCUUAACUCAGUGCCAGAAGAACAGUCAAGAUAAUGCAACAACUUUAAGAUAUAUUAGUGUAUUGUAUCCUAACUACAGUAGGUUAUCAACAUAUUAAAGAAUAUCACAUUAUCCAAUACAGUAUAAAAUAUUUAUGUAACAAUUCAAUAUGUAUGUAAAUACAGUACAGUAUACAGAGAAUGGCACAGUAACAUGGCUGAAACAAUAACCCAUUCCACACACGAAAUGAAAGUGAUGACAUUUCGAUCCAUUCUGGACCCUUAACAAGUUGUAACUGAGCAAGAGCGGGAGAGGCAGUCAAUAAAAGGUAAGAGGGAAGGUGAGGAGUAAGUGGAGAAGUAAAGCACACAAACUAGACUAACAUUAGAACAUGAGACUAAGAUACUGCAGUAGGCCUAUUGGCUCAGUUUCCAUACUUUACUCCUACAUAUACACAUCAUCAUCUGUAACCUCAUCUUCCCUCCCUUGUCUUAUAUUGACUACCUCUUCCACUUAUGCUCAUUUAUAACUUGAUCUUUUGGUCCACCCUGGACCCUUAGCUUUAAUUUCAUGUGCAGGUUUUGGGCUAUAGUAUACAUUUAUUUUUUACGAGUUUGGUUACGAUGCUGCCUCUGGAAGGUUUAAGUCACAAGUGAGAUUUUAUAUUAUUUUAAAAUAGUUCCUAUGUUUAUGCUUCACUACUUAACAGUUUAGUUAUGCAUCUCCCUGGGGUUUGGCAAAUGUUCUUUAUGAUAAUAGCCUGGUUACCUAUAUUUAUUUAUUUAUUUAUUUUUACUACUGUUAGCUCUUGCCUCAUAGCUUAAGAAUGAUUUAAUAAUUUAAUUUCAUAUUUGAAACACUAACAAGAUAUUGGUACAGUAUAAUUUCCUGUUUCUAUUCAUUUUUGGGUGUGGAGUUUCCUGGCGAGUGUUUUAGGAACUAAUUUUGUAAACAAAGUGGUCUCCAUUUCUAGAUAUUGACAACAAGAAAUUGAUUAAUAUUCUGCUCAUUCACCCUUGCAAAAUACUGUAUAAUCUAAAUUGAAUUUCUAAGUCUCUAAAAUGAUCUGUUUGAAAUUGUAAUACUUUAAGGUUUCACAAUUCAUUUUUUGAAUGAUAUCUGAAGUAUACCAUCUCUGUGUUGUUUCAAAUAUUGUAUAUCUCUCAUCUUGAGGUUAUAUAAUUGACAAUUAUUUUGAAAUAUUAUGCUAAUGGCUUUUCCCGCCUGAUAGCGACUUGGGUUGUAUAUGAAGAUAUCCUUAGACAAGUCACCAUGAGAUGUAUCCAGAGAUUUGUAACAAUAAUAGGCAUUGAUAAUAGCUCUAUACUGAUGAAAAGGAAUACUAAAGAGAUUUACUAUUAUUUUUUAUAAAAAUGAGAUUGAAAUAUCAAAUUUUGAAAAUUUUAACUAAAUCAGAUUGAAAUGCAAUUGCUGAUUGAAAAGUUUGUGAUUGUUUAUAAUAACGUAAGCUAAUAUCAAUAUUAUUACUGUAUUUAAAGAGGCUAUUGUUGGAUUUUAAGGAAAUGUAACUUAUUUUUUAGAUGUUUGUAAAUAUUUAAAGAAAAUCAGAUUGAAAUAUAAGUAUGGCAGGAAAAUGUACUUUGAGCAGCCAUUUAGUUUAGUUCAUUUAUUAUGAACCCCAUACCAAUCUUGUGGGCAGUAGGCCAUGAAGCUUUGAUUAAAUCCAAGAGGUUUUACGAAGGGAGACAAGAGGUGGGAAAAGCCACUUUGCUUUUCACGAGCCAUCGAGUGAUCCAUGAUGACCUACCAGACGUAGGUAACCUCCCCAGACCCAUGGUGACCUACCAGACAUAGGUAACCUCCCCAGACCCAUGGUGACCUACCAGACAUAGGUAACCUCCCCAGACCCAUGGUGACCUACCAGACAUAGGUAACCUCCCCAGACCCAUGGUGACCUACCAGACAUAGGUAACCUCCCCAGACCCAUGGUGACCUACCAGACAUAGGUAACCUCCCCAGACCCAUAGUGACCUACCAGACAUAGGUAACCUCCCCAGACCCAUGGUGACCUACCAGACAUAGGUAACCUCCCCAGACCCAUAGUGACCCACCAGACAUAGGUAACCUCCCCAGACCCAUGGUGACCUACCAGACAUAGGUAACCUCCCCAGACCCAUGGUGACCUACCAGACAUAGGUAACCUCCCCAGACCCAUGGUGACCUACCAGACAUAGGUAACCUCCCCAGACCCAUAGUGACCUACCAGACAUAGGUAACCUCCCCAGACCCAUAGUGACCUACGAGACGUAGGUAACCUCCCCAGACCCAUAUUGACCCACCAAGUAUAGGUAACCUCCCCAGACCCAUGACCUACCAGACAUAGAUAACCUCCCCAGACCCAUGACCUACCAGACAUAGAUGACCUCCCCAGACCCAUGACCUACCAGACAUAUGUAACCUUCCCAGACCCAUAGUGACCUACGAGACGUAGGUAACCUCCCCAGACCCAUGACCUACCAGACAUAGAUAACCUCCCCAGACCCAUGACCUACCAGACAUAGAUAACCUCCCCAGACCCAUGACCUACCAGACAUAGAUGACCUCCCCAGACCCAUGACCUACCAGACAUAUGUAACCUUCCCAGACCCAUGGUGACCCAUCAAGUAUAGGCAACCUCUCUGAAGACCCGGCAGGCACAAAAAAUCUCCAAAUUAUCCAAAUUUCAACUUUGUGACUGCUAAUCUUUAUUCAACAUACAAAACUAUGAUUAAACUAAAGAACAUGUAAAGUUUUAAGAAUAUUUAUACUCUUAACAUGCUUAUUAACUAGAUUUCAACUAAUAUAUCGUAUGUAUAAUUAAAUAAACAACUAUAAAAAAUAAA